UCCACGCAUUUCCACGUUAUUAUGAUCAUAUGUGUACAUUAAAUUAAACGUCCGCGUUGAUCCACGUAAACGACGUGAGUGGACGCGAGGAAAACAAUUAGAAAACAAUGGAGGUGACGCGCUCAAACUUUCAGGACGUGCUGAGUGAGUUGGAGAACGUUAUAAAGGACGCUACUUUUCUUAGUAUUGACGGCGAGUUCACCGGUCUUAAUUCAGGUCCAGAUGCAGGUCCAUUUGACACGCCGGCUCAGUAUUACGCUAAGCUUCGAACAGGAUCAAUGGACUUUCUGCUGGUACAAUUUGGUCUAUCCGUUUUCACAUACAACUCAGAUGCGAACAAAUAUUCACAGCGCUCUUAUAACUUCUAUGUGUUUCCCUUACCGAUGAACCGCAAGGUAUCAGACAGUAGAUUUAUGUGUCAGGCGUCAUCUAUAGCAUUUCUGGCAAAUCAAGACUUUGAUUUCAAUAAGUUAUUCAAGUAUGGAAUACCUUAUCUCACUGCAAGCGAUGAAGAGAAAUUUGUCAAACGCUUGGAGGAGAAACAUAAAGCUAAAGAAGAGAGCUACCAUGACAUAAUUCCAGUGCCGGAUAAUGACAAACCUCAAAUAGAAAAAAUAUGUUCUAGAAUAGAGAAUUUUCUUGCCUCAGAUGCAAAAGAGUUGACGAUAGAUCAAUGUAAUGGUUUUAUCAGAAGACUGGUGUAUCAAGAGGCAGAACUUAGGUGGCCUAACAAAAUAAAAGUUGAAAACAAAAUGAAGAAUAGUUGGCAAUGUCUUUUGGUACGGAGGGCAGGUACUCAGGAGGACGAGAAAGAAAGGGAAAAUCAGAAAUGGGAAAAGGAAAAACUAGAACUUAAACAAGCUGUAGGACUCAGUAAUCUACUAAAGAAGAUUGUAGAGUCUGAAAAAGUAAUAGUAGGUCAUAACAUGUUAUUAGAUCUGUGUCAUAUUGUAAAUCAAUUUUUUACACCUUUACCAAAAGACUAUUCAGAAUUUAAGACCUUGCUUCAUGGCUUGUUCCCUAGUUUGUUAGAUACGAAAGUCAUCUGUCAAUCGCAGCAAUUUAAAGAACUUGUGUCGUCGUCGAAUUUGAACUUAUUAAUAAACAUCAUGAGCAAGCCUCCUUUUUCCAUUCCUGAUGUGGAGCCAGUAGAAGAUCGUAGUUAUUCGGUAUCAAGAAAAAAGUUUCAUGAGGCAGGAUAUGAUGCGUACAUCACUGGUUUAUGCUUCAUUGCAUUAUCAAAUUAUCUUGGUACAUUACAAAACUCUGAAAAUGCUACGGUACUAGCAAAUUCACCAUUGCUUAAUCCUUUUAUCAAUAAACUUCCUAUAGCAAGACUGAAAGAUUUUCCAUAUAUAAAUUUGGAAGGAAAAGAUCCAAAUCCUAGCAGAGAACACGUGUUUCACCUUAUAUUCCCCAAAGAAUGGAAAUACGCGGAUAUCACUAAUCUUUUUAGUCCAUUUGGAGGCGGACACAUUUCAUGGUUAUCGGACACGUCCGCGUACAUAGGCUUAUAUCGUCGCGAUCAGGCCGGCGCGGUGAUGACAAGCUUAUCUAAAGGAACUGUAUACAAAAUACAAAAAUAUACAAAGCAUCAAGCCACUUUGCAGGCUAAUGUUCCUAUCGAGGACCGCAAACGGAAAUUAUCACCAUCCGAAAAGGACAUGAAAGAUGACGAGGAAUCGACAGCGAACGGCGCGAAGGCACCAGAGGACAACGACGACGACGAUGACGAGUGGCAAGUUGCUACGGGUAAAAGACGCAAGAAACGCAAGGAGCAAGCGACUACCACCGUAACUAGCAAGAAAGCUUUCGAGGAAAACGACGCUUGGAACUAACUGCAGUGUUCCGGGGAACAUCACGUUGAGCGGCACGAAAUGCAGCAUGAUAUGCAUCAAUUGCAUAUACAUAAUACGUAACACAAAAGCGCCAAAACGUGCUGAAUAAAAAAAAAAAAAGAAAAAAAUCUUUGAUUUCACUGACCUCCACUUCUAAUCACUAAACGAAUGUCAAUAUGUGUAAUUUUAUCGAGAUAUAUAUUUAU